UUUUUCAGGUUUCACAUGGGAAGACGACCAUUGGUAAUUGUGGGUGAUGCAGAGCUAUGCAGGGAAGUUGGAAUCAAAAAGUUCAAGCAGAUAGGCAAUAGAACCGUGCCUUCUCCCAUAUUGGCUUCCCCUAUUCAUCAAAAAACUCUCUUUUGGACAAAGGAUCAAAGAUGGUCAAGUAUGAGAAACACCAUAGUUUCAAUGUACCAGCCAACACAUUUGGCAACAUUAGUGCCAAUGAUGCAAUCUUAUAUUGAGGCCAUUGCUGAAAAUAUUCGAGAGGAUGAAGACAUAAACUUUAAAGAACUGGCACUAAAAAUUUCUACGGACGUGAUUGGAAAAGCCGCUUUUGGUACCGACUUUGGCCUAUGUCGUCAACAACCCGACCAACAUCAGCAGCAGCAGCAGGAGGACGCCAACUUGUUUAUCAAGCAGCACGUAUACUCCACUUCGAUGCUCAAAAUGACCUUGUCGGGUUCCAUGUCAAUCCUGUUAGGCCUCAUUCUCCCGAUACUCCAACAGCCCUGUCGUCGCAUAUUUGUGAACAUCCCGUGGACCACGGACUGGAAACUUCACCGGACAAACAAAAGCUUGACCAAUACACUCGAAAGGAUUGUGGACAACAAGAUGCGAGACAAAGAAAGAGGAUCAAGUGAUUUCUUGUCAUUAAUAUUAAAUGCAAGAGAAGCAAAUACAAUUUCAAGUCAGUUAUUCACACCAGACUACAUCAGGGCCCUAACGUACGAGCACUUCCUUGCUGGAUCAACGACGACAUCGUUCACAAUAUCCUGUGCUGUUUAUCUGAUUUCUGGGCAUCCAGAAGUCGAGCGAAAGUUGCUUGAAGAGAUAGAUGCAUUCGGUCCGCGUGACCAGGUUCCAACAGCCGAUGAUCUUCAAUCAAGAUUUCCAUAUCUUGAUCAGGUGGUCAAAGAAACAAUGAGGUUUUACAUAGCUUCUCCUUUAGUAGCAAGGGAAGCAUCAACAGACAUAGAGAUUGGAGGUUAUUUUCUCCGAAAGGGGACAGCAGUAUGGUUUUCACCCGGAGUUUUAUCAAAGGAUCCCAAAAAUUUCCCCGAGCCAGAAAAGUUCAAGCCAGAGAGAUUUGACCCGAAUGGUGAUGAAGAAAAACAGAGGCAUCCUUACGCGCACAUACCCUUCGGGCUUGGACCCCGAGCAUGCAUUGGUCAGAAGUUCACUUUGCAAGAGAUAAAGCUAACAUUGAUCCAUCUAUACAGGAACUACGUGUUUCGACGCUCCCCAAACAUGAAAAUCCCUGUGGAAUUUGAGUAUGGCUUAGUUGUUUCCUUCAAACAUGGGGUCAUUGUUAGAGCCAUAAAGCGAAUGUAUUAAUGCCAAUUACUAAUUUGUUUCAUCU